AAUAGCUUGCGGUCAGUCGCGGUUCGACCAUCGCGCCGUCGACACGUACAAAUUUUUUUAGUUUAUCCUCGCCCGUUUUCUUCCUAAAUAUAUUUAGGACUCUUUUGUUUCAUUUCUUUUUCCAUCUCAUACAAUCAGGGCCGAGUCCGAAGUCCAAAAGUUGUCGCGUCGCCGGAUUUUUUCUACGAUAUUUCUCGCGCGGGCCCUCCGCCGAUAAACGUUAUUUAAUUUUUAAUCGUUUUAAUACUUUUGUGUAUGUGGACGACCCGUCUGAUCACCGAACGACUCAUAUAGUUCCUAAAACGACGGCUGCCGAUAAAAUGGCGGAGAAAAGUUGACGGUGCGUUCGGGUCGGGUCCACGGAGAAGAGAAAUAACCAAAAUUCCACGGCGCUGUCGUCGAGCAAAACAACAGACAAUAACGCAGUAAAAACAAAACCAAAAAUAAACGACUGCGAGUCAGUAUUUUUGUUGGCUGUGUCGGAAUAAACGAUCAUGGAUCCUUAUUCAUUGAGUGUGGAGCGCGAGGCGUCGAAAAACAUCGAGGAAAACGAGAGGGAAUGUUUCAAGGACGCAAUUGUUUCGAGUCGGAGUCUCAACAAGGGUUUCGUCGAACCGAUUCAACUAAAAAAUGCCGUGCCCGAGAUCGUGGCGUGCGUGCUGGCGGCCAGUUUCCACAUUGCCGUAGGACUGAGUAUGGCCUACUCGGCCAUCCUGAUUCCUCACUUGGAAAAAAAAGAUUCCGAGAUUCCCGCGACAAAAGACCAAACUUCGUGGAUAGCGAGUGUAAUCGUAAUAACGGCACCGCUGGGCUCUCUGAUCGGUGGUGUCUUGAUGGAAUGGGUGGGCAGACUCAGGACCCUUCAAAUUGGUGCGAUUCCUUGCAUCGCGGGCUGGAUCCUGAUCGCACUGGCGGAAAAUAUUCCGAUGAUAUUGGUAGGUCGAGUGUUGGCGGGCCUCGCUUCGGCGAUGGCAACUUCGCCGGCCAUAGUGUACAUAACGGAAGUGGCGAGACCGGAACUGCGCGGCUCUCUCAUGUCAUUCGGUCCGACACUGGCGUCCUUUGGGAUGGUGCUUUCGUACGCGAAGGGCGCAUUGCUUUCGUGGCGGCUGGUCGCUUGGUUGAGCAUCAUCUACACCUCGGUGCCGAUUUUGCUCGUCCAACUUUUCGUCCCUGAAUCGCCUGUUUGGUUGGUCUCCAAGGGUCGAACGGUCGAGGCUAGAAAAUCUCUCGAAUGGUUUUACAAAUCGGAAGCAAAAGCGGGCAGAGUAUCGGCGGCUGAUCAUCAAUUUACUACGAUUAUGAAAGAGAACGAGAUUAAAUUGAACGAGCAGAGACGCAGCAAGCACGGCGGCUUUUCGACCAAAGUUCGUGCCUUCCUCAAACCAACCGGAUGGAAACCUUUAUUUAUACUUUUCUUCUUCUUUCUUUUUCAACAAUUUUCCGGGAUUUAUAUCACCCUCUUUUACGCCGUUACAUGGUUCGAGGAAGUUGGAGCCGGAGUUGACCCCUAUCUGGCCUCGAUUCUCGUCGGACUCACACGUUUCUUUUGUUCGAUGGUUAAUACUUGGCUUCUGAGGAGAUACAAGAGGCGACCUCUCUGCAUUAUAUCCUCCCUUGGAAUGACAGUAUGCAUGAUCGUCUCGGGUUAUUUCACCCUGAGAAUAAACGAGGGUGAUCGUGCCGGUGCUUGGAUACCUGUCGUCUGUUUGCUUCUUUAUGUAUGCACUUCGAUGAUCGGGAUGCUUACAAUCCCUUGGACCAUGACCGCCGAAUUGUUCCCCACCGAAAUUCGUGGCAUUGCUCAAUCCUUCAGCUACGCAAUGGCCAACGUUCUUAUGUUUGCUGCUGUGCAAAGUUAUCGAGGACUCAGCGACUUUUUGGGAGGUGCACACGCAAUUCAAUGGUUUUUCGCGGCUGUAUCGCUCGGAUCGGCAGUAUUCGUUUGGCUGCUUUUACCCGAGACUCACGGCAAGAAGCUUUCCGAGAUCGAGGAAUACUUCCACAACAAUUUCCUAGCGGUUGGGGCUGAAGCGAAGGCGCGCAAGAGGCGUGCACAGAAACGAGCGCAGAAGAAGAACCAAGCGGCGGUGACGGCACCCCUGAAUCCAAAAUCGGGUAUACCGGAGAACGUCUGAAAUUCAUUUUGUUCGAAAUGAAAAUGGACAAUUGGAAAGAUCAAUACGAAAACUCAUUCGCAAUGAGUAAACAAAACUUAGGAAUACAUUUUUCGUAACAGGCGAUUUAGGUUAACGACGGCAAUCGAACAAAGCCGAGGCUUUUUGGCUGCUUGCAUUCGCCAUUUACUUGAUACGCCCCAUUAAGCACAUACGACACGAAAACGACAAUGAUAGAGGAAGAUGAACGAAUAGAUUAAGGUGCGGUGAUCCUGCCGAGAGUCUUUCACCAUUCGGUCGAUUACUUCUAUUGAAUUUAUAUAUAUAUAUAUAAGCAUACACCCGCAUAUAUUCAUGUAUACAUAUUAUAAAUGAAACAUGAAAAAAAAAAUAUAUACAUUGUCGUCCGAAAGUGGCCUUUGUGAUGCAUUUUGCACGGUCAAAAUAUAAUCCGUGUAGUACAUGGAAGAUAUAUUCUGUGGUGGCUCGUCUUUUCCUGGCGGACACACAAUUUGUACAUUUGUAUUUGUCCCAUUAAACGAAUUGUCAACGUCCCUCUCGCACAAUUGUAACAAUAAUAUCUUCAUAAUAGUCACUCGAGUACAUAAAUUCGUGUGUAUACACGUAUUACGGAACAUAACAAAGGUUCGAAAAAGACCACCCUGAAAGAUAAUUUUCUAAUGGCCUCGGUUGUGUACUUUAAUUAUAGAGUUUGAACGAAUUCAAUGAAAUAUUUGAAGCGAACGAAUAUGUAAGAAUCGUGUUUCUCAAUGGUUUCAUGACUCUUUGGUGAAUUGACGUCAGUGUACCAGAAUCUAUAAGACAAAGGUCUGAAUGAAGUAACGAAACAGUAUAUUUGAAAAAUUGUAAGAAAUACUUACCGUUAACAUUAUUAUAUUAUUAUAAUUCCUAUUAUUGUGAUGGCUAUGAAUGCCGAGAGUGCCCUUCCGCAUUACUUAUUCGUUCAGUUUUUUUUUCUUUACCCCCGUCUCCCACGGUUUAUGAACACAGAGUAUGCGUACAGUUAAAUAUUUAAAUAUUUUCUUAUACACUUGCCCACAAAUUGUACCUCUGGAUAGUCCAUUUUUAUGUAUCGCGUUUUUUUUCCCGAGUCUACGUUUUGCCAUUGAUGAAAAACAAAACAAAGCAAAAAAGACAUUCGCAUACAACCUGAUUAUGUUUAAAAAAAAUGUAAUUAAUAAAGAUACAAAGCGUUUUGUGAUGAAAACAACAAAA